UCGCCAUACCUCGCUCACAUUGUAUGCUCAGGACAAUUGCCCGCCAUUACGAAAAUGGAAAUAACAUACGAGGCGAGGUUAUAGGCUGUCCCGUGUCUAUCCUGAGUAGUGGCGUCAUUUGCUUAAGCCGUAAACGCCGAUGCAUGACCGCGACUUACGGCUACUCUGUUCAUGGAUUGACGGUGCGGCAACGAGUUGAACUUCGUUAAGAAUUACAACCAAAUACAAGUACUUGUAUUGGUGUCUGAUGAUCAAUCCCUCGACGAUUGUGUUAUGGUAUUGUAGUGGUCGCCCAGUCCUUGCGACAGUUGUGAUGCGACUCUUCACGGGUCUACUUCUGUACACUCGACGCCACCCUACGCCCACAUUACGGAAGCGUAAAUGUCAGAAGAAAUUCUCCCGUUCAUAUGGACUUCACAAAUGCGGUGAAAGGGUACAUAGGUAUACACAAACCUGGUGUUCUGGUUCGUUGAGGCUUAAAUUAUUAUCUUCGAAUAUGCUUGCGAAUCAGAAUUUCCAGUUUGAGCCCUAUUUGGAGUACUGGUGCAAUUUUACACGGUUUUCAUCAAGUCCGUUUGUCCUGUAGCAGCCCCUCGCGGCGUCUUUUGUUUCGCCGUUAAC